ACCCUCGGGAUGGCUGGUGGGGUCCCUGCAGCGCGCCGAGCUCCCAGCUGCCGGGGCUGCCCUGGGGGGGCACCGUGACCCAGGGCUGCCGGCCUGGCAGUGCCACCAGGCAGGGCGCGGGGGUCCCCGGGGGUGCACGUGCAGCGGUGGCUGCGUGUGUGUGCGGGCAGGCGCGUGGCUCCGCCGAGGCUCCGGCGAGCGUGCGGCUGCGGGGCCCCCCUGGCACCCCACAGCAGGGACCCCCCGGCCCCCUGGGGCCAUGCUGGGUGGUCCGGAGCGGGGCGCGGGGCGCCUGCGGAUCUGCGAGCGGACCAAGCUGCUGCUGGUGGAGAUCGACACGGUGGCGUGUUGCAGCCCGGCUACCAGCAUGGCUGCGGGGUGCCGGCCCGAGCCCCCCUGGACCUACCGCCGCAUCGCUGGGGAGUACACGUACCUGGAGAAGCGCUUCGUGGCGGAGCUGGCCCCCCCCUGGCCCCCGGCACCCCCUGCUCCCCCCUGCCGCCUGCAGGACUUCGCCACCCCGCCCCCCUCAGGGCGUGAGAUCCGGCCCCAGACGCCCACUGCCCGCAGCCCCCCAGGACAGCUCGAGGGGACAGGGGCCAGCGGACCCCGGGGCUGGCACCCCCCCUGUACACCCCGUCCCCUGCUGCCGGGGGGCAGGCCGAGCCCCCCCAGCUACGAGGCCCACAUGCAGCGGGUGCAGGCGGCCCAUGCCCGCCGGGGGGGGCCGCCCCCCUACAUCUCACCCCCUGCCUACAACGCUCCCCACCGCACCCUGCAGCUCCGGCCCCCCCGGGGACCACGCAGCCCCCCCCCGGCCCCCCGGGGCCGCAGAGCUUUGCGGGGGGGCUGGAGCCACACGCUGCCCCGGGCGGCCACCGAGGCUGGGCACCGGCAGCACCCCGGGAUGCAGCCGUCCUUGGGGGGGCCCGGCGCCCCCCGGCACAGCCAGACCCUGCCCCGUGCGGCAGCCGGCCGGGAGCGGGUCCCGGGGCACGGCAGGGGCCGGCGGGGUAUGGGGGGGCACGUCCUCAUCGAUGCUACCCGCGUGGUGGUCCGGGCCCAGUACGUCCCCCCACCACAGCGGCAGCAGGUCCGCUACGCCGGGGGGUCCCCAGGGCCCGCCGCACCCCCGAGCAGCCCCCCUGCGCCUCCCAAGGCCGCCACCCCCCCGACAGCACCUUCGCCCCCCCAGGAGUCCCGUGGCAGCCCCCGCAGUCCAUGGCGGAGCCCGGGUGGCUGUGGGGGUCCCCGGGGCCACGCACCCCCGCGGAGGCCGGCGCUCUACGCCCAGGCGCUGCGCGAGGCCGUGUCCCGCAUCCGGCGGCACACGGCACCCGACUCCGACUCGGAGGCGGAGGGGGGUGCGGGGGGGCCCCGGUGGCGGCGCUGCCCCGACGCUUGCACCUACAGCAGCAGCAGCAGCAGCCUGGAGAGCGCCGGAGCCCCCCGGGGGGCUGCCAGCCCCUCCCGUGCCUGAGGGGCGGGGCCUGCG